AUGACAAUAAUACCGCAGAAGUAUGGCCCAGGCCUUCAAUACGUUCCAAGCAACGCCCCGAUCGAGGAUAUUUUGUUCUUGAUGAAGCGUGAUGGAGGCAUCGUGGUGAAAGGCUUGGUCUCAACGGAAGACAUAGACAAGGCCCAUGCUGAUGUGCGAGAAGCGCUUGAUGGGGAUGCGGAAUGGAAUGGGGACUUCUUUCCAAAGGAAACCAAACGGGCUUCGUCUUUGCUUGCCAAAAGCUCGACAUACGCAAAGACCCAGGUCAUGAACCCCGUGUUCCAGGCUGUCUGUGCCCAUUUCUUGACCACAAGAAGCACAUUCUGGUGGGGAGAUAAACAGAAGGAGUCAGUUUCAAAGCCUUACAUUCAAUCGACUACUGCUAUUGAAAUUGGUCCGGGUGGCAAGGCACAACCAUUACAUCGUGAUUCAUAUAUCAACCAUAACAUUUUGACUGAAGUCAGCGAAUGGGACGAUGUGCGAGAUAGAACCCGAGAAUGUUCACUGGGUAUGAUGGCUGCAGGAUGCAAAGUCACUAAACAGAACGGAGGGACGCAGUUCAUCCCUGGCAGUCAUCUGUGGAGUACAGAACGAGGACCAUCCCCCAACGCUAAGGACUGUGUCACUCCGGAGAUGGAUAAAGGAGAUGCCUUCAUCAUGCUAUCUUCGGUCUAUCACGGAGGUGGAGAAAACACUACCACAGACCAGUACCGUCUAGCGUUUGCGACUUUUGCAAUUCGCGGCUACCUCCGUCAAGAGGAAAAUCAAUAUUUGGCAAUUCCUCGGGAAGUUGUCAAGGAGCACGACCGAGAAACCCAACAAUUUAUGGGUUACUACAUGAGUGAGCCUGCUUGUGGGUAUGUGGAGCAGCUCGAUCCAAUCUACGUUCUCUAUCCGGAGCUGCUGAAGGAUGCUAAACUAGAGGACUUCUGA